AUGCGGUGCCAUGGCGUGAGGAACUGGAAUACUGCCGCCGUGAUCGCCAAGAUGUAUGGUCAGACAGUUGAGGUGUUUGUGGAAGUUUCCCUUUGGCACGAUAUGAUUGAGGAUGACUAUGGGGAUCAAUUUAGAAGGGCGAUUUACGAUGGUGGUGGGAUAGUGAAGUUCUUUUUGGGGAUCAAGAAGAGUCAGGCCUUCAUGCCCAUUCAUCUAGAUGUGCUAAUGACCAACUUCAACCUGAUAAGGGGAGCUGGCAUGACCCAUGUUGAUGCGAUUAUCAAGAUGGUGCAGAUGCAUCCAUGGGUGACCAAAGUUCCGGAGUUGGAGCCUUACUUCCGGAAAUUCAUUAGCCCAAAAGAACUUUCAUCGAAUCGAACUCCGUGCUAUAGAGAGAACAGCGUUAGGGUAGAGGAGGUCACCCGCAGGCCAACGAACCAGGCCGAUGAUGAUUCAGAGUGUCUGCCUGAGGCAUCCUCUCGGGUUCGGGCGCGGAGAAAAGGGAAAACCGACCGAAAUUUCGGGGCUGUUGAUGCUGCGCCAAUCUGGAAAGAUUUUUUGGAUAAUUCCCUCAAGAGGUGCCAUGCUCCUACUUCCCUCCCCCCGACUCUCGUUGAUCCUCGUCUAAUCCCCCUUCUCCUUCCCGUCUACUUCCGCGUCUCGACCUCCCUUUUUUCUUCCCUUCCCUUCCGCCGUCAUCCUCGCUGUCAGUGGCGUCCUUCCCGGAAAGCCCAACGUCGCCGCCGCAUCCCAACCAAACCCCCCGAGGUCUGGUCCGCGCACCGAUCUGAGACACCUUCGGAUUCCCCUGCGACGGCCGUCUAUUCGAAGACCGCCAGCACCGGCGAACACCCUCAUGGUUCCGGUCAGGUGAAGACGCAUCGAGACGCCCAUGCCCAAAAUGCUGCCUCGAUAGCAGACGAGGAGGAGCCCCGACCUCCGUAUUUGCACGCUAUGCUUGCGGGUGGUACUGGCGGUACUUGUGGUGAUAUGCUCAUGCAUUCGCUCGACACAGUCAAGACGAGACAGCAGGGCGACCCUCACUUUCCUCCCAAAUACACGUCCAUGACCUCAUCCUAUGCGACUAUCUAUCGACAAGAAGGGUUCUUCCGAGGUCUCUACGGCGGCGUGACUCCUGCGUUCUGGGGCUCCUUCCCGGGAACGGUGACCUUUUUCGGAGUUUAUGAGUUCACCAAGCGGCGGAUGCUGGACGCUGGGAUUAAUCCCAAUCUUGCCUAUCUCUCCGGAGGUUUCCUUGCCGAUCUCGCCGCUUCCAUCGUCUACGUCCCUUCGGAGGUAUUGAAAACUCGCAUGCAAUUGCAGGGACGCUACAACAACCCCUACUUCCAUUCGGGAUACAACUAUCGUGGAACGACAGACGCCCUUCGCACGAUUGUCCGACAGGAGGGGUUCGCCGCGCUGUUCUACGGAUACAAGGCGACCAUCUUCCGCGACCUCCCUUUUUCGGCCCUACAGUUUGCGUUCUACGAGCAGGAGCACCGCAUGGCCAUUGAAUGGGUGGGGUCUCGAGACAUCGGGCUUGGGUUAGAGAUCCUGACCGCGGCGACGGCCGGUGGUAUGGCAGGCGUGAUCACAUGUCCGAUGGAUGUCGUCAAAACCCGCGUUCAAACGCAACGAAACCCCGAGACCAUGAGUCCUCCGAAAGGCGCCACCGAACACGCCUCGGUCAAGCAGAGUCCCCGGCAGCACGCGCCAUCCCAGACGACGUCGUCAAGCCUCCGAACGCAUUCGCGACCGAUGUCCACUUCUGGGCCGUCGACGUCGAUGCGUCCGCCUGGAACCCCCCGCCUGGAUACUACUUCGUUCUUCACCGGUUUGAAGAUGAUCUACCAGGCGGAAGGUAUCCAGGGGUGGUUCCGCGGCGUCGGACCUCGAGGCGUGUGGACCAGCAUUCAGAGCGGAACGAUGUUGGUCAUGUACCAAUACUUGUUGAAGAAAUUCGAAGAAUACGAGAGCAUCGGGGAGACGAACCCUCUAUAA